AAUAAAAGUUGGGACACCUUCAACGUCACUUGUUAGUAUUUCUGGUUUCCAUAGUAAACAGCAUUCAUACCAACAAACGUAUACUUAUACACAAGUAAAAAUUCAUACUUUCUUACCUGAGGAAAAUAAAUGACCAUAAUCUCGGUUUAAGGAAAUUGUGUGAUAUAUAGUCAUAAGUGAGGAUCAAAUAUAUAUCGCGACGCGUAACAAGGCAGGGAGAUACCCGGUUAAGCAAACCGACAAGGAAUACAUUACGGAAUCUGAAGUGACUUAUAAAUACGUAUGUGAACAACAUUGCGAUCGAGUUUUCGGGAAACGUUAUUGGGGAACCAUGAAUCGGAAUAAGCUCGCUACUUUCUUCUUUCUAGCAAUUAUCUCUGCCGUCGCUAAGCAAUCAGAUGGAAACACAUGCGCCACUGACACGACUCCACCGGUUGUGACAUGUCAGAGUGUCAACACCCAUCCGCAUUUCGUAAAUAGUUUCUUUGGUCUGUCGCCGGGGUCUACCUACACCUACACAGAUUCAAAUUUUGACCCGAGUGGGGUUUCGUAUGAUGUCCAGAUUGGUGCUGGUGGACAUAUAUAUCCUCCAGGAGACACGGCUGUGACGUUGAUAGCUAGUGAUUUAUGUAACAACGUGGAAACCUGUGUGUUCUACGUCACAAACCCACUAACCGAGCUACCAGUGAACUGCCCAGACCUAGACAGUGAUGUCCUGGUAGGCCCUGGACAACAGUCGUACACUUUCACCCAGUAUAUCUUGCCUGGUGACAUCACGAAGAUAUUGACAGGUUAUCGGUACGAUGGAGGGGGGAUCCAGGUACACCUAACAGCUGGAGGCAUCGAAGCUGGAGGCACACUUUCUUUAGGGACCCAUGAUGUGGUGGCAGUCAUCAGUGACGACGUCUUAAACAAGACGUGUACAGGAGUCUUGAGCAUUCGAGGUCUUUUCUUCCCGUUCGGAUCGGACGAAGGGGACGAUUUCCUACCCGCAAACGAUGACCGUUUCACAGACGAGCUACCAAUCGCAGUGGUGUUCCCAUUCUUUGAUCAUGACCAUACCAGCCUCUUUGUUAACAACAAUGGCGUAAUCUCCUUCUUGAUUAGUGUUUCUCAGUUCACACCCGACCCAUUUCCUCUCGCCGAUGGGCGACGGCUAUUGACACCAUUCUGGGGAGAUGUGGACACCACGAAUGGCGGAACUCUGUCCUAUCGAGAAGUCUUAAGAUUUGCCCAGGACGACGGUAUAUUCAUCGAAGCUGAUGACAUCAUCAGAUCAUCCUUCGUCGAAAUGAGAGACUUUGUGUCAUCGUGGAUGUACAUUGCAACUUGGGACAGAGUGGCCUUCUUCGGUGCAUCUGAUACCUCAAUUAGGAAUUCUUUCCAGGCUGUGCUUGUAACCGAUGGCCGCUAUUCCUUCGCCAUCUUUAACUACGGCGAUAUCAACUGGACCACUGGAACUGCCAGCUCUGGUGAUCCAUCGACAGGUCUUGGUGGCAUACCAGCUCAGGUUGGAUUUAACGCUGGUGAUGGGGUAACCUUCUACAGCGUCCCUGCAUCUCGAACCGCGGACGUCGUUGACAUCGAAACGACAUCGAACAUCGGUGUUCCAGGAAGAUGGGUUUUCAGGACUGAUAACUCCAACAUCCAGGGACAAGAAUGUACAACCUCAGGCGACAUUUCCCUGUUCCCUCUCGUCGGCUCCAUGCUCGGGGGAACCCAGGUGCUCAUCAGUGGACCCUGCUUCAACUCGACCGUUGUAUGUGAUUUUGACGGAAUCGUGACUUCCGGAAGACUUUUGACAGAGAAGAUUGCCCUCUGCGUGUCGCCGACGUUCUACAAAGUCGGACGAAUUCCGUUGCGUGUAUCUCUCAACGACGGAGACAGUUUCGAUUUCUCCGGCAUUUUUACAAUAAUCAGCGUCGAGGACGUCCCUGAUAACGUGUACUCCUCCGUAACGGAAAGCAACCAACGGGAAUCCGAUUUCGAGGUCAGAUGGAACACAGGCGUCUUCGAAAGCGUGGAUGAAGUCGAUAUCGUUGUAUAUGGCUACAGAGAGGACAACGGCGGUGUCCAAUUUGCUGGAUCGCUGGUAACCCUGGCACAGGGGGUCGACUACCACUUGGGUUACCACAGCGUAUCGGUGUUACCGGACUCUGAGAUCGAAUUCGACGUCGGUGUUAUUGGCGUCAUUGAAUCCGAAGGGCACAAUGGAAAUUCAAUAAAUGACCGUGCUGCCAUCUGGAGCGAGGUCCAUGUUCUCUGGUGGCUGAAUGGUGACGAACUGUUCUCCUGCCUGCGGUGGACUGCGGCAGAAGUUCUGGCUGGUCUUUUCUUUCAGUCCGUAACUCCUUCUUGUCCCUGUACUCUUGACCAAGCCCGGGUCGACGUUGGAAGGUUUAGUCCGGAUCCGCUGUGCGAUAUAAGUGUUUGGUCACCAAGCAACUGCAUCAGUAAACCGGGUGCUAUUCAUUGCGUUCGAGCGGACAUGCCAAGUGCUAUGGGAGGUGGACAGGAGUGCUGCUAUGAUAAUAGUGGCAUGAUCAUUAACGUCUUCAAUAGUCUUGGAGGAGGCUACAGUCACCGUUACCAUCACGGGGGCGUCGCCCCAUAUGAAGAACCUGGGAAGGUCCCUUACCUGUCGCACUACCUCGCCGACAUCUUACCGUGGAGAUACUGUUGUGCUUCAGGUGUUCUGCAGGAUCCUGCAUGUUUCCUUUAUGGAUUGCUGAGACGGUCCCAAACUUGUAACGGAUAUCAACCUCCUCCUCCAGCAUUGGGUAAUGGAGAUCCGCAUAUUUCAACCACUGACUCGACUACGUACACUUUCAACGGUUACGGCGAAUUUACUAUGAUGACGGCUUUGAAUGGCACCUUCGUAUUACAAGCAAGAACGGCUCCACUCGAAGGAGUGUCUGGUGCAACAGUGUUUGUUGCCAUGGCAGCACGCUUCGGCGAUAGUGAUAUUAUCCAUGUUCAGACCAAUGAGCGAAGGGUUCUUGACGCGUAUGUGCGAGUGGCUGAAGGUGGUCAAAACUUCACGAGAAUCGAUUUUGAUCAAGCUUCUCGAUGGUCAUUUUCAGGUGUCUCGGUAACCGGUCGCAACAUCACAUCAGAUGGAAUUGUUGUAACUUUUGACCAAGGGGUAGGACUGACUAUGAAAGCCUCGGAAGGGGCCAUGAGCAUUCUUCUUGUAGCCCCGGAAUCCUUCCUGGGUCAGACGCAAGGAUUGAUGGGUACUUGGAAUGGCAAUUCCAGCGAUGAUUUUCUAACUCCUAAUGGAACUUUACUGUCACCCAACUCGACAACGGAAGAGUUGCACUACCAGUUUGGAAUGCUGUGGGAAAUCGACUCGGCAGAAUCUUUGUUCUAUUACGAACCGGGCAAGGACCACGAAUCUCACACCGACCGAGAUUACAUUCCUGUCUUCGAGUAUGUCCUCAACCCUUCGGUCAACCAAAGUCUUGUGGAAGAGGUCUGCGGUACGAACGAGAUUUGUAUCUUCGAUUUUCAGACGACAGGGUCGCAGAGCUUCGCUCAGAAUUCGGUGGCGUCACUUUCGCAGUAUGAGCAAGCAGUCCAUAACAGAGCAGUAUUCGUGGGUUGCCCAUCUCUUCCCGACCCUCUGAAUGGGAGUGCUAUCGUUACUGUCUACGUCCCUGGAGGUGUGGCCAGAUUCGUGUGCAAUGAGGGUUUCGAAUUGAGUCACGAGGUCAACUUAACCUGCUUAUCAAAUGGUUCGUGGAGUGAUGGCGAAAUCCCAACAUGCGAUGAAUUGGCAUCCACGCAGACAACAGCGGGUAUGACCACUGACGUAACAAAGGAGGGUGUCACAGGAACCUUCCAUUCCUCCCCGAAGCUGACUGUGACUGCUGACGUCACAUUGGAGAUGACGACAAACGAAAACAGCCCCACCGAAGGAGCGCCAAUCGGACUUGGUCUUUCGAGGUUCGCCAUCAUCGGGAUCGGUGUAGGGUCAGUAGUCCUGAUCGUUGUUCUGGUGGUCACCGUUAGUCUUAUCUGCAAGCCAAAGAGGCCAACAAGUAGGAAGGUGAACCAUGUGCCACGGUCCAUGCAGGCAGAAGUCCACAGGAAUCCGGUCUUUAUUCACUCUGAGCAAUGGAAAUAAACCCGCUGAUUGAGGAACAGGACUAAAGCAAUAACGACGCAUCUAGUGACCAUCCUGUGGUCUCCAUUGAUGCAUGUUACGACAAUCAUGAUCAUGUUUAAGACUUCGUUUUGGGGCACUUUUCUUUUAGGCUCUUUUCUUUUAAUUGCGAUUCGUUGUUUGGCACAGGCCUCUUGAUUCAAAUAAUAUAUCAAAUGUUCGAAAGCAUUUAAAAUCAAUAUUUUC